AUGGUGGCCAGCGACCUGACGGAUGAAGUAGUGGAGAAGGUCGCGUCGUGCCGCGAAGCCGUCGUCCUUGCCACACAUCGCCUUUUUGAUGACAUCGCGUCCGCCGUCAAGGACACGUCGUCGACGUUGAAUGCGUUGGCACAGCGUUCCAUACAAGACGGCACGGUGGACAUCGAGAUCGUAACGCUGAACAAGUUUGUCCGGUUUAUCUGCGACGAGUUGGACGUGCGCCAUGUCGACGGGUUGGUCGCGUUAGCGCAAGCGUUUGUGUGGAACGACCGCGACAUGGUGAGCAACUUCAUCCAACAAGCGAACAACAUUGUGGUGUACGCGAAGGAGGCUUCGACCGCAGCCUCGGCAGCCGUGCUGCAAGAUCGCAUCGUCGCUACGAAACCCACGGAUCACGUUCCCGCCUUGGAUCCAACGCCACCUAACGUGCGUCCGCCAGUUGCCAUCAUCGCUCCAUCUCCAUCAAGUGGACCUGUUGUUUUCAAAGUUCGCGACAUUCCGUCCAAGAAGCGAGGAUUACCAGACAUCGUUCGACCUGACGUCAAGAAUGUAGAUGCAACGACUUCGAUGGAUGUACCUCCAUUUGCCAAGAAGAAUCGAGCCAUGGUCGCAGGACGUUGCCAGCCUGUGGAGAGCCCCAUGAAGGCACGAGCAUCUCCACAGCUAACUCGACGCAGUUCGCUCCGCGUACUUCCCGACAAUGAAGCAAUGUUGACUGUCGGGACCAUGCCAAAGUCGAAGCGAGAAGCCAUCGACCGCAUCGUCGAUCGCGGUGGAGACAACACCGAUGUCGAGUGGCUGUCGGCAAAAGCGAUGGAACUUUACUCGAUCAAGGUGGACCCCGAUUACGUCCGCCGCAUUCUAGCCCGUCGGGCCGUCAAAGCGUAGGGGCGGCGGCCAGGUUGCGUAUCGUGAGUUUAUGAGAUAAUACAUGACACGUGUCCC